AAGCUGAUAUUUGAACAAAUAUCUUCUUGACUCCAAAGCCUAUGCUUUUUCCCAGUAGAGAGCCAAGGGCAGUGAUAGAAGGGAUUCACUUUACACCCUUCAGGAGUAAAACCAGUUCUUUUCUUCCAGGUUUGAAUCUCUAUUUACUGACUUGGAACUGAGGCCGGUAGAGCUGGGCAUCUCCAGCUUUGGGGCUUCUGUCACCACCAUGGAGGAUGUCUUCAUAAGGGUUUGUAUGUUGGCAGAUGCCAGUACAGCUAUCCCAAACAUCAAACGUCCCUCUAUCCAUCCCCAGCCCCUGCUUAGCAGAAUUCCUGUUGACAGAAUUAAACAUCUUCAUUCAAGGAUCUUCUCAGUACAGACUGGGCUGCCAAUCAAACCAAACACUGGGUUCAGUCUUCUCUGCCAACAAUUUUAUGCCAUGCUCCUGAAAAAGGCCACAUAUUCUUGGCACAACUGGAUGUUGAUGUUAUCAAUACAGAUCGUGGUCCCUCUGGUGAUCACCAUGUUAAGCCUCAUGUUCUUCGACUUCAAAGAAAGAAUCACGGAAAAUGUCCCAGUGGAGCUGACUCGGAAAACAUAUGGUCAGACCAUUGUUCCUUUCUUUAUUUCUCGGAAUUCCAGGCUGGAUCCUCAACUUUCAGAACGCUUUGCAAAUACGCUUACAGCUGAGGGACAGAUUCCUCUGGAGGUUCUGGGUUCUGUAGAAGAGUUCCUAUUGAAAAAGUCAAAAGAGGAACCUGGGGACUUUGAUAAGUUCUACUUAGUGGCAGCUUCCUUUGAAGAUGUGGGAAAUCACACCAUAGUGACAGCGCUGUUCAACAACCAGGCAUACCAUGCUUCUGCUGUGGCUCUGGCACUGGUGGACAAUUUUCUCUUCAAGUUGCUUUCUGGUGCCAGGGCAUCCAUUACUGUAUCCAACCACCCUCAACCUCUGACAUUUGUGAAGGAGGCGGAGAAUUUGUGGUAUCAGGGCCCUAAAGGACAUUACCUUGUUAUCAACUUGCUUUUGGGAUUAGCUUUCCUGUCUAGCUCUUUUUCCAUGUUGACAGUUAGAGAGAGGCUCGUCAAGGCCAAGCACGUCCAGUUUAUCAGUGGAGCUUAUGUGGCCACUUUCUGGCUCUCCGCUCUGCUGUGGGACCUCGUCUCCUUCCUCAUCCCCAGUCUGCUGCUGUUGGUGGUGUUUUUAUACUAUCGUGAAGAAGCUUAUACACACAAUGAAAAUGUCCUGGUUGUUAUCCUGCUGUUAAUGCUCUAUGGCUCCGCUAUUAUCCAUUUUGUCUACUUGGUCAGCUUCUCUUUCAAUAAUGCGGGCAACGCUUGUGUCAAGCUGAUCAUCAUGCUCACCUUCCUCAGCAUCUGCCCCUUCAUCCUUGUCUCAGUCACAGGUGAACAAGGAGGCGAGUUUGUGAUCCAAAAGAACAUCUAUGCAUGGGAGUUGCUAGGUAUGGGGAAGCACCUCAUGGCUCUGGCUAUAUCAGGACCUGUGUACAUCAUCCUGCUUUUCUUUGUUGAAACCAAUAUGUUCUAGAAACUGAAAACCAGGGUGUGUGACUUCUGCAUGAGGCAAAAUUUGGUGAGUAGGUCAAUGUGUAAAUCCUCUGGGACAGGCACAGAGCCUGGCUCCAUAGCUUCCUUCCUGUGGUCUGUAGCUGCCUUGAUUCUCAGAAUCAGAGGGAGCCUGCAGAUCAUCUGGUCCCAUCUCAGAGCAGAGAGGUGACAGCUAGUGCCCAGGAACUCCGAGACAGGGAAGAAGCCUUGGGCUUAGUCCCUAGGCCCUGUUCAUGAUGCUGGUCACCUGUGGGGCUUUAAGGACUGCUCAUCAAUGAAUAGAAACAAUAUCCUGAGAUUAGGUCAAGUGAGGCGGCU